UUGCCUCCUGCUGCCAUCUCCCUUUUCUGCAACAGUCUCCUUCGUCUUGUGUGUGUGCUGCAUCAUGAUGCUUGUGGACUGCAUCUGGGGUCUCUUCUUGGUCCUAUCUCUGAGUCUAGGAUGGACGAAGGCUCAGCAGAGCAACUUCACAAGGCCUGUGUUCUACUGUGGAGGAGACCUGGUCUCAGAGUCAGGCUUUGUCGGUAGUGAGGGGUUCCCAAGCUUCUACAAACCCAACAGCAAAUGUACCUGGCGUAUUACUGUCCCAGAGGGAAACGUGGUCAUGCUCUCUUUCCGCAUUUUUGACCUGGAGGCUGACUCACAAUGUCGCUACGAUUAUUUGGAUGUUUACAACGGCCACUCCAACUUGGUACAAAAACUAGGCCGCUUUUGUGGAACUUUCCGGCCUGGCGCCCUUAUAUCUACCACAAACACCAUGAUGUUAGAGAUGGCGUCUGAUGGAGAGACACAGGGCAGAGGGUUUGUGGCCUAUUUCAGUGGAGCCAAACCGUAUGUAGAUGACGAGCAGUUCUGCGGGGGGAAGAUAACAAAGUCCCAGGGAGAGAUCAUGACGCCCAACUGGCCCGACAAGAAAUACCCUCCAGGGACCAGCUGCUCAUGGCUUAUCACUGUGGAGCCUGAUAUGGUAAUCCAGGUGAAGUUUGAUAAGUUCGUCUUGGAGGCUGACACCUAUUGUCGGUUUGACUAUGUGGCAUUCUUUAACGGCGGAGAGAGAGAUGAUUCACGGCUGAUUGGAAAAUACUGUGGUGAUCGGGCCCCACAGCCCAUCAUAACCAGUGGCAACGUGCUUCUGGUCCAAUUUGUGUCUGACCUCAGUGUGACAUCUGAUGGAUUCCUCGCCCACUAUAGCAGCGUCCCACAUGGUACUGAGAUACCAACAGUCAACUCAGGAGCCGGUACGAGGUCCAUUCCUCCAAAACCUGCAGUCAGACCUGUUGCACCUAAACGUCCUGCUGUCACUGCAAAGCCACCUACUCCCACUGCUAGAUAUGUGCCACCUGAGCCCACCCAGAACCCCAAACCAGUUAAACCCACAAGAGGCCGUGGACAGGGUACCACAGGCCAGGACAGGAGGCCGCCUGUCACAAGACCAAACGGAAAGAGGCCUGUCGCUCAAAAUCCUCUUUGUGCCAAAGCCUGUAAAAGAGAUGGAACCAUCAAGACCAGUUUCUGUGCCAGUGAAUUUGUGUUAACUGGGAAGGUGUCUUCUCUGAGCCCCGGGCCCCGCGGCACUCUCCAUAUUAGUAUCUCCCUCAUCAAGGCCUACAAGGCAGGUCGACUAACAAUCACACAAGUGGGAGAGACCAUGUCAGUUAAGCUGGUGUCACAGUGCAAGAAGUGCCCAUUACUCCGCAGAGGUGCCAACUACAUUAUCAUGGGUCAGGUGGAUGACGAAGGACGUGGUACCCUGGCACCCGGUGCAUUCACAGCUCCAUACAAAGCCCCACAUCACAGGUUAUUAACAAAUAUCCAGAACCAACCCUGUUAGCCUCACACUGUGAAGGACGGGAAAUUCAGAUGACAUAUCAAACCCAAAAAUCCAGACAUUACAAUGUGAAAUGCAGAUCUAUUAAAGCACAAUAUUACAUGAAAACAUAAUUACAGCUUUACCCACCAAUUUAAAGGAAUGCAAAUGCUUUUAUUCAAACAUCUGCCAAACCCAAUGUUUCUAAUUUAUAUACAAAUAAAGGUUUUAUAUCUCUUUCAAA